CGCGCGGCCCAGCACCUGCUGCCCUCCGCCCGCCCGGGGCGCAGCUGCCAUGCGGCUGGCGCUGCUGUGGGCCCUGGGACUCCUGGGCGCGGGCAGCCCUCUUCCUUCCCGGCCGCUCCCAGGUACAGAUGGCACCAAGGAGGAGCAAGCAAGGCCAGAGAGGGCCCUGAGUGGAACCUUGGAACCCCAGAUUCUUCAGGAUGACCUCACGCUCAGCCUAGCAGAGGUGCUUCAGACCAGUGUGCCUGAGACUUUGCGGAUCAAAUUGGAAUUGGAUGGUGAGAGUCAUAUCCUGGAGCUGCUACAGAACAGGGAGCUAGUCCCAGGUCGGCCCACCCUGGUGUGGUACCAGCCUGAUGGCACCCCGGUGGUCAGUGAGGGAUACACACUGGAGAACUGCUGCUACCAGGGAGGAGUGCAGGGCCACGCAGACUCCUGGGCCUCCAUCUGCACCUGCUCCGGGCUCAGGGGCUUGGUGAUCCUGUCCCCAGAGAAAAGCUACGCCCUAGACCUGGGACCUGGGGACCUUCAGGGUCCUCCUGUUAUCUCCCGGAUCCAAGACCUCCUUCUGCCAGGCCACACAUGUGCCCUGAGCUGGCGGGAACCUGUGCCCGCUCGGACGCCACCAGAGCGCCCCCUGGGACAGCGUCACACUCACCGGUGGAAGCGGGACGUGGUGUCAGAGACCAAGAUUAUCGAGCUGGUGAUUGUGGCUGACCAUUCGGAGGUCCAGAGGUACCCAGACGUACAGCACCUGAUGAACCGCACGCUGGAAGUCGCCCUCCUCCUGGACACAUUCUUCCGGCCCUUGAAUGUACGUGUGGUGCUAGUGGGCCUGGAGGCUUGGACCCAGGACAACUGGAUUGAGAUAAGCCGGGACCCAGGUGUCACGCUAGACAACUUCCUCCACUGGCGCCGGGCCCACCUGCUGCCUCGUUUGCCCCAUGACAGUGCCCAGCUGGUGACCGCUACCGUGUUCUCUGGGCCCGUGGUGGGCAUGGCCGUUCAGAACUCCAUCUGUUCUCCUGACUUCUCGGGAGGUGUGAACAUGGACCAUUCCACAAGCAUCCUGGGAGUCGCCUCCUCCAUAGCCCACGAGCUGGGCCACAGCCUGGGCUUGGACCAUGACCCACCUGGGAACAGCUGCCCAUGUCCAGGUCCAGCCCCAGCCAAGAGCUGCAUCAUGGAAGCCUCCACGGAUUUCCUGCCAGGCCUGAACUUCAGCAACUGCAGCCGACGGGCCCUGGAAAAAGCCCUCCUGGAUGGAAUGGGCAGCUGCCUCUUCGAACGGAUACCCAGGCUGCCCUCCAAGGCCACUGUCUUCAGAAAUGUGACCAUGGAGCAGGGCAAGCAGUUCACCUGUGUCUUCCCAGAUGACUGCACCGACCCUUGCUGUGACCACUUCACCUGCCAGCUGAGGCCGGGGGCACAGUGUGCAUCCGAUGGACCCUGCUGUCAAAAUUGCCAGCUGCGCCCAGCGGGCUGGCAAUGCCGUCCAGCCAGAGGGGACUGUGACUUGCCCGAGUUCUGCACAGGAGACAGCUCCCAAUGCCCGCCUGAUGUCAGUCUGGGGGAUGGUGAGCCUUGCGCUGGAGGACAGGCUGUGUGCAUGCAGGGGCGUUGUGCCUCCUAUGCCCAGCAGUGCCAGGCUCUCUGGGGGCCUGGGGCCCAGCCUGCCACCCCGCUUUGCCUUCUCGCUGCCAAUACUCGGGGGGAUGCCUUUGGGAGCUGUGGGCGCAGCCCUACUGGCAGCUACGUGUCCUGUGCUCCUAGAGAUGCCAUCUGUGGGCAGCUGCAGUGCCAGGGGGGCAUGGCCCAGCCUAUGCUGGGCUCAGCCCAGGAUCUGCACUGGGAGACACUGGAAGCCAAUGGAACCCGGACAAAUUGCAGCUGGGUACACCUGGACCUGGGCCGCGAUGUAGCCCAGCCCCUCCUGACUCUACCUGGCACAGCCUGUGGCCCUGGCCUGGUGUGCAUCGACCAUCGAUGCCAGCCCGUAGAGCUGCUGGGAGCACAGGAAUGUCGAAGCAAAUGCCAUGGGCACGGGGUCUGCGACAGCAAUCGGCAUUGCCGCUGUGAGGAGGGCUGGGCACCCCCAGACUGCAGCGCCCGGGUCACAGCCACCAGCUCCCUGACUACAGGGCUGCCCCUCAGCCUCCUGUUGCUGCUGAUCCUGGUGUUCCUUGGUGCCAGCUACUGGCACCGCGCCCGCCUGCGCCAGCGACUCUGCCAGCUCAAGGGACCCAGCUGCCAAUACAGGGCAGCCCAGUCAGGUCCCCCAGAAUGCCCAGGACCCCCACAGAGGGCCCCGCUGAUGUCAGGUGCCAAGCAGGCUAGUGCUCUUGGCUUCCCGGCACCCCCCUCCAGGCCGCUGCCUCCUGACCCUGUGCCCAAGAGACUCCAGGCUGAGCUGGCUGACCGACCCAAUCCCCCCACCUACGCUCUGCCUGCUGACCCGGUGGUGAGGCAUUUGAAGUCUCAGGGGCCUGCAAAGCCCCCACCUCCGAGGAAGCCACUGCCUGCAGACCCCCAGGGCCGGCGCCCUUCGAGUGACCUGCCUAGCCCAGGAGUUGGAAUCCCGCCCCUAGUGGUACCCUCCAGGCCUGCGCCACCGCCCCCAGCCGCGUCUUCGCUCUACCUCUGACCUUCCCUGAGGUUCCGCUGCCUCCAACCCGGACUUAGGAUUUUAAAAGGCGACGGACCGACUGCCCGGAGCCCCACGCGAUGACCGAAGGAGCUGGAGCCUGGACGCAAUGGAGCAGGCACCUUAAGACAGCCGGCACCACCCAAGAGUUGUUGAACAACACCCUGGGGACUCGCCCAUGAAUUGCAGCUGGGGGCUGGGGAGGGGCUGGGCGCUGGACCUGGCUGGGGAGGUGUGCACAGCCUCCCUCUGCUCAGUUGCAAUAAACGGGAGCCCUUGGAA